AGGCUGCAUUUCCGGCAACGAAGCGAAGACGACGAAGAUCGCGCGCGACCUGCGAGGCGCUGGCAGCGAGAGUAUCUGACGUGGCUCGUUCUGAAUCGUGCAGACCUUCCAGUCCGCCAUAAGGGAACGCAUCGUCAGCAGCAGUGUCAACAACGGCGGAGCGGGCUGCAGGGAGACAACUGACGAGCUGCCACAUUCCUUCCCUGAAGAGACUGUUCUCGACCAGAAGGCUACCGGACAACAUGGACCGCAGCAUGCCGAGGCGGGCGGCGCUACAGCUCGGCGACGCAGCGGAACGCCAACUUUGGCUGGCGGAGGAUGGCUGGACGCGACGCGGCGACCUGACUUUGUGCAAGGCGACCACCACGCAGCGGAACAUCCAGCGCAGCAACGGUCUACGCGGCAUCUGGCACAACACAGCGGACCACGCCGUCUGCACUACCGACAUCCCGCUGCUGCUCGGUGAGGUGCCCGCUACGAAACGCACGCUCCAGGCGAUCCUGCUGACGAACCCUACGCUGGGCGCAGCUUGGCAACACUCCGCUCCAAGCAUGUGUGCGACACCGGGAAGUCCUGAACUGCGGUCGCUUCCCGAACCGAAGGACUGACCCGACCAGGGUGGUCCUUGACUACAACGUGUUUUCCCCCAUCAGUGUCUGUGGGUGAUUUUCCGCCGUCAGCGCAACGCACACUUAUUAGCGUUGCCGUGUUCAACCAAAAUAAUAAUUAGUGUAUACGUUUUUUUUUAUAUAUUUCCGUUCCAAAGCCCGCAUUUUUACGCCCGGGCAACUAUGA